UCCGUUCAGUCCAGCUGCAGCUCACUAAAGCCCAAUAGCUCAGUACCAAACAAUGAAGAGGACCAAUAAUGUGCUGACUCCUGCCCCGACCCAUUCCUAUCUGGUUACAUUUCAGCACCAACAUGUAUAAAAAGGCCCUGUUCAUUUUGGAGUUUAGGACGUCUUUUUGUGGAAGCUCCUGUGAGUGCUGAGCAACUAUUAUUUGGAGGAAAGUUUGGGACUUUAGAUACAAAUACACAGUAGGAUGGCAUUAAAUAAUCCCAACCCUCUGGGACCAUGGAAGAUCACAGUUUAUGACCAGGAGAACUUCCAGGGCAAGCGUGUGGAGUUCACCUCAGCCUGCCAGAACAUCAUGGAGUGCAGCAUCAACAACAUUCGCUCGCUCAAGGUGGAAUGUGGGGCCUGGGCAGGAUAUGAGCAUUCCAGCUUCUGUGGACAGCAGUUUGUGCUGGAGAGAGGAGAGUAUCCUCACUGGGAGUCAUGGAGUGGCAGCAAUGCCUACCACAUCGAGAGGAUGAUGUCCUUCCGGCCCAUCUGCUGCGCUAACCAUAAGGAGUCCAAGAUUGUGGUGUUUGAGAGGGAGAACUUCAUGGGUCGUCAGUGGGAGAUAAAUGAUGACUACCCCUCCCUGCAGGCUAUGGGCUGGGGGAAAAAUGAGAUUGGAUCCAUGCAAGUUCAGAGCGGAGCCUGGGUGUGCUACCAGUUUCCAGGUUACCGUGGUUACCAAUACAUCAUGGAGUGCGACCGCCAUGGCGGCGAAUACAAACAUUACAGAGAGUGGGGUUCCCAUGCUCAGUCCUUCCAGGUUCAGUCACUGCGUCGAAUCCAGCAAUGAGGCCUGCAGCUGCCCCCCCCCCAACCUCACCCUUUACCUCUUCCUCCUUCUUCUAUUCUUCAUAAUUUUCCUCUAUUUAACCUAUAAGUCCAGGACCCUCUGGAGCUUUCUAAAUGAGAUGUUUACACAAAGUUGGUUUUCUUGCCAAAUAAAGAGAGAGGAAAAGGGACUGGGAAGAGGAAAAACAAACAAACAAAAAAACCAAGAGACAAUGAGGAAAAGCUCCAGACUGAUGGCUUAUGAGGUGAGAAGGCAGAGGCAGCAGAGCAGUGGAGGCCCUUGGGCAUUGCUGAGUAACUUCUAAUGUUUGUGGGUGACUAUGGUGAUGCAGGGGAGGAACAAAGAAGGACUGGGCUACUUAAAAUAAACACCAACUCAAUAAGUCUGCUGCUAA